AUUUCUCUUACGCUUUUUUUUUCUGAUGAACAAAGCAAAUUGCUGAAGAGAGAGGAAAAGAAAAGAUAAACCCCAAAAAGAGUUAAUUAUUUUACAUUUCGCCGCUAAGAUUCUGUUUCUAAACAUUUACACCCUCAAGAGUGACGCUUGUGUGAGCCGCCAUGUGUGGAGGAGCUAUAAUCUCCGAUUUCAUUCCGCCGCCGAGGUCUCGCCGCGUUACUAGCGAAUUUAUCUGGCCGGAUCUGAAGAAGAAUGUGAAGGGAUUGAAGAGAAGCUCGAAGAAGCGUUCGAAUUUCUUUGAUCUUGACGAUGAGUUCGAGGCUGAUUUCCAGGGUUUCAAGGAUGAUUCGUCCAUUGAUUGCGAUGAUGAUUUCGAUGUCGAUGAUGUCUUCGCCGAUGUGAAACCGUUUGUUUUCACCGCGUCUCCGAAACCCGUCGUCUCCUCCGCAGCUUCUGAUUCAGCCUUUGGUAAGAAAGUUGCAGACUUUAAAGGACAAGCUGAGAAAUCUUCAAAGAGGAAGAGGAAGAAUCAGUACCGAGGGAUUAGGCAACGUCCUUGGGGCAAAUGGGCUGCUGAGAUUCGUGAUCCAAGGGAAGGUGCAAGAAUCUGGCUUGGAACUUUCAAGACAGCUGAGGAAGCUGCAAGAGCUUACGAUGCUGCAGCAAGAAGAAUCCGUGGAUCCAAAGCUAAGGUGAAUUUCCCAGAGGAAAACCCUACCGUCUCUCAGAAACGCCCUGCGAAGGUCAGUUCUCAGAAACCAGUUGCUAAACCAAACUCAAAUCCAAGUCCAGCUUUGGUUCAGAACUUCGACAACUCCUUUGACAAUAUGUGUUUCGUGGAGGAGAAACACCAAGUGAACAGCAACAAUCAGUUUGGUCUGAAAAACACCAUCGAUGUAGGAGGUAAUGGGUAUCAUCAGUAUUUCAGCUCAGACCAGGGUAGUAAUUCAUUCGACUGUUCUGAGUUUGGUUGGAGCGGUCAAGCUCCAAUAACUCCUGAGAUAUCUUCUGCGUUUAUCAACAACAACAACAACAACAACUCUGCUGUAUUUGUCGAGGAAGCAAAUCCAGCUAAGAAGCUCAAGUCCAUGGAUUUUGAGACACCUUACAACAACACUGAAUGGGAGUCUUCACUUGAUUUCCUCAACGGAGAUGGUGUGGCGACUCAGGACAAUGGUUUAAACCCUAUGGACCUAUGGAGCAUUGAUGAGAUCGAUUCCAUGAUUGGAGGAGUCUUCUAAAGAGAUCCAGUUUCAUGUAAAUAAGCAUGCGUGUUAGUGAGUCUCCCGCAUCAACAUCAAUCUCCAAACUUUUUAAAAUCUGUUAUUUUCAUCUUCUUGCUGUCUCUGUGUCUCUCAGGAGUUGUUGUUGGGGAAUGGUUAUAAGACACCUGAAGCUUGUUUGCAUUGCAACAUAAACCUCUACCUCUUUCCAUGCUAAUAAGGGUCUGAUGAAGUUUAAAUAGAGGCUUAAUUUUAAAAGAUUCUGUAGUUUCUUGUUUUAAAAAUGUUUCGAACUCUUUGUAGUGAAUCUUCGAGUUUGUGUUUCAAAAUUUGUUUAACAUUGUCAUGGAUUAAUUAAUAUGUUGAAGUUGAA